AUGAGAUAGAAAAAUGAGACAGAAAAUAGGAGCAAAAAAGGGAGCUAGAUCCAAAUGUGACCUUUUCAUAUAGAUUCCAAUAUUGAUUCUCCCUCCAUUUUUAAAAUACACAUAACACACAGUCCCAGAUCCUCCAUUUUAAUACCUCCAUUCUCCCCCAUUUCCUUCCUAACCCUAACCUUGUCGAUCCGUUCCUUUUAGCUCCGAUGGCACCCUUAGACCCUCACUCCUUCACCGAUUCGACCCACCCUUUGACAACCCACAUCGCUCUUUCCCUCUACUUCGACUUCCCUUCCGCCACCAUCCACGGUGCUGCUCUCUUCACUCUCUCUUCCCCUCACUCCGGUCCACUCUCCCUCGACACGCGCUCCCUUUCUAUCCACCGAGUCCUCUCCCCUUCCACCCUUUACCCUAUCCCUUUCUCCCUCUCGCCUUUCUGCGACCACAUCAAAGGAACCCACCUCUCCCUUUCCCUCCCAAACGACGCUGCCCUCUCUUCUUUCCUCAUCACUUUCUCCACUUCCCCUUCCUCCUCCGCCCUCCAGUGGCUCUCUCCGCCGCAGACGUUCAACAAAAAACACCCUUUCGUUUACACUCAAUGCCAAUCCAUCCACGCGCGCUCCGUUUUCCCUUGCCAAGACACCCCCGCCGCCCGCAUCCGUUAUUCUGCUUUUCUCAAUGUUCCCCGAGAAUUAUCCGCUGUUAUGUCCGCUCGCCACGUGGACAGGCGGUUACCGGUUUCCGGUGAAGGGUAUUCGAAUUUGUUACCCAAUGGGUUUAAUUCUUUAUGGUGUUCUGAAACGAGGGUAGUCGAGGAAUUUGAUAUGAACCAGCCGAUUCCGCCUUAUUUGUUUGCGUUUGCAGUUGGGGAGUUAGGAUUCAGGGAAGUGGGGCCGAGGACUAGGGUUUACUCAGAGGCGGCAGAUGGUGUUUUGGAGGCUGCUGCUAAGGAGUUUGCGGGGACGGAGGAUAUGAUAAGGCAAGGGGAGAAGCUGUUUGGGGAUUAUGAGUGGGAGAGGUUUGAUUUGCUUGUUUUGCCGCCGAGUUUUCCCUAUGGUGGAAUGGAGAAUCCGAGGAUGGUGUUUUUGACUCCAACUGUGAUUAAAGGAAAUGCUAGUGGGGCUCAGGUCGUGGCCCAUGAGCUCGCACAUAGUUGGACUGGGAAUUUGAUUACUAACAAGAACAAUGAACAUUUUUGGUUGAAUGAGGGAUUUACAACAUACGCAGAGAGGAGAAUUGUUCAGGCUGUGCAGGGUGAAGACAGAGCUGUAUUGAAUAUUGGGAUUGGUUGGAGGGGCUUAAAUGAGGAAAUCGAGAGGUUCAAGGACAACUUGGAAUUCACCAAGCUCAAAACCAAUCAGGAAGGAGUGGACCCGGACACAGUUUAUUCCCAAGUUCCAUAUGAGAAAGGUUUUCAGUUCCUAUGGCGCAUUGAACGUCAGAUUGGAAGACCAGCCUUUGAUGAAUUUGUCAAGAAAUAUAUUGCCACCUUCAAGUUCAAAUCAAUUGACACUGAGACAUUUCUUGACUUCCUGAAAGCAAAUGCCCCUGGAAUAGAGAAAGAGAUUGACCUGGUCUUGUGGACUGAAGGGACUGGCAUCCCAUCCGAUGCAUAUGAACCGGUAUCCAACCUUUACACCAAAAUUGUGUCAUUGGCAAAUGAAUUCAAACUUGGGAGGAUGCCAAGGGAGGAUGAAGUUGCGGAUUGGCAAGGGCAGGAAUGGGAGCUCUACUUAGAGAACCUGCCUAAAGUUGUAGAGGCUUCCCAGGUCUUUGCCUUGGAUGCACGCUACAGGCUAUCAGAAUCAAAUGAUUAUGAGGUAAAAGUGGCUUUUCUUCAACUGGCCAUUUUUGCCAAGUGCAGAGAUUUCUAUGGUGAGGUGGAGAAAACUUUGAAGGAAGUUGGGAGGAUGAAGUACCUUCGUCCACUUUAUACUGCUCUAGUACAAGGUAUUGGAAAAGAGGAAGAGAAGAUUUUGGCCAAAAGGGUAUUCGCUGAGGCUCAUGACUGUUAUCACCCCAUAGCUCAAGGAGUUGUUGAGUCAAUCUUGGCCAAGCACCUCUAGAAUGGUAUAAUCUGGGAUAUCCUCUGAAUUUCACAGCCAAGGUAAGGCAUCAUAUCAGAUGGUUUUCAUUCCUCACCAUGGAAGUGGCACUCUUUUGCUUUCAUUAGGUUGAGAGAACUGGUGCUGGGUUUUAAAAACAGAAAACUGGGGAUUUGAAAGGGAGGUUUUUUGCAGUUUUCUAGUCAGCUUCAUGGGAUUGGUCUGCAUUUGGAAUUGGACUGAGGAAAUGGCAUUGAGUUCAUUGAAGAUGAGAUGUGAAUCUUCUGCUCUGCAGUGCAUGAGAAUAAAAAGAACAAUUGCUUAAAUUGAAGUGGCCAUCCCUUUCAUCAAUCUGUACACCAGCUAUGGUUCCAAUGAAUCAAUAUAUGAAAUUUCCAUCUGAGUUUGACUAGUAGUAUAAUUGAUGAGUUGUAUUUGAAAGCUCCAAAUUUUUUAUUAUUAGCAACUUGAAUCUAAAUUUUCCUUUUUGAGAGCAUUAAA